AUGGAAAAGGAUUUACGAAAAUUAAAGAUUCCGGUUAGGACUACAAACAUUAGCUCCCCCAACACAGAUAAUUUAUUAAACUCCGCAAAUGACAAAGAAAAUUUCUCAUUUGGAAAUCCAAAACUGUUCCUAUGUGAACAAAAUCAACCUUCUGCACUUUUGCUAAAUUCAAACGAACAACAAGAGCAUAAGCUUGAUGAUGAAAUCUUUAAUCAAAUAAAGGUUAAAUGUAAAAAUUUGACUGCCAUUAAACAUAGAUACAAAAUAAAGGUAAAAUUAGAAGGUAACUUAAGCUUAAGUGAAAUAGCCGGUAUAUAUAAAUUUGGAAAAUUCUGCAUUUUCUGUGCAGAUCACCCCAUUAAUAUAAAAACACAUAGAUGUACCAAAUAA